AUGGUGUGGAAAAGGGCUAAGGCUUCUGAUGGUAGGGUUUAUUAUUAUGAUACAGUCACUCAGACUACUAGUUGGGAGCGUCCAGUUCAUAUAAGCGAGAGCGAUGACGAUGAAGGGACUAAUAAUGGACAUAAUAAUGAACAGAAGAAAGUCGGGUUGAUUAACCAGUAUUCGUCUUCUUCUGAAGAUGAAGGUGAAUUAUCAGGUGAUGGUGAAGCAGAUAAUGAAGAAGGUGCUACCGCAGACGUCAGCAAGGAAGAAGAGGAGGAUUCUAUGAAUGAUCAAAAAGAGAAGUUUUUUGAACUACUGGAUAGGUAUUCUCUUGAUCCUUAUAGCUCCUGGGGGUUGCAGGCGUUAACUAUUAACAGCGAUCCGGUUUUUUUUGUUGUAGAAGAUGAUGCGACCCGAGAGGAGUACUUUGAGCAGUGGUGCGCCAAAAAGGUUGCAAAAGGUAGCCCGGCUGAAGUAGAGGAUAUUAAUGAAGAGGAAGUUGAAUCUAGUGAUGGAGAAAACAAUGAUAGUUUAACACCUACUAAGUUUCAUUAUCUUGCGCAUAUCGUCUCGAAAGCUACUGUAGACGCACAGACUGUUUUCUCUGACAUCAAAUCGAAACAUAAAGCGUUGUUCAAGACACUUAAUAUAAAUGAGAACUUAACGAAGGCAGAUCAAAAGGCUUUUGUUUCUAAAUUGCUGUUUUAUUAUAAAAAGUUGGAUUUGUCUCAGCGCGAAGGCAUAUUUAACAAGUUACUGGACUCAUGUGGCUCUUCUAUAAAGAAAAAUCUUGAGCAGAACAGAGCUUUCGAAGACUUUAUAGACGAAGAAUUGCUUCCUGAGGAUGCUUACAGUGUCGAAACUCAGUUAUUUACCAUGGAAAGUUGUAUAGGGUUGCAUGAUACACUAUCUCAGUUGCAAGACAAUGAACGCUACUACGUGCUUGGAAUCAAAGACAAAACUAAGGCCUUGAAAAGUAUUAUACGGAAAUUUCAAAUUAAACAGUAA